UUUCGUAUAUUAUGUCUCACAGUAAAAUCACAGUGGCAUAAAAUGAAGUUAUUAUAACCGCAUUGUAGGCAAAACAAUUGACGCUGGCUUAAUUUUCAUAUAAAUCCUCCACAUUUGACCGUCUUCUCGUCACAUGAAGCGGUCAUGGUUGGCCAACAGUUAAAUUCACUUCCGCCUUUGUGUGAAAGCUCCCAUGCUUUCUCCACAGAUCUUUGAAGACUUUUCUGUCCUGCUGCAGCAGAAAGAGUUUAUUAUUGUCAUUAAUUCAUCUAAAAACACAAAAAGAUGAACCCACCGUGUGAUUGUUGCAGUGACCACGUCCAAAAACUGAACCAGCAGGUUUCUGUCAUGCGUAAAGAAAUAAAAAACCUGAGGCAGAUGUUGGACAGUUCAACCAGAGGUUUCCGCAAACAUCUGAGCUCAGUUCAGACUGCUGUGUCCAGGAUGAGCAGCUGUGAGGAGGAGAAACCUGCAGCAGCCUCACCUGCUUCUCCACAGACAUCUUUAGAGCAAGGGAUCAUCCAGACCACACCCAUUGGUUUCAUUAGUUCCUGUUUCGCCAUGAAGAAUGGGACUCCCAGGCAGCCCACGGUUUGUGGACCGUCGCGUGCAGAACUCCGAAUCCAGCAGAACGUCUUCAACAACCCUCAGCAUGCUCUGGUGGGGCUGCAGCAGUUCUCUCAUGUCUGGAUCAUUUUUCUCUUUCACAGAAAUGGACACCUGAGUUGCAAGGCCAAAGUGAAGCCUCCUCGACUGAACGGUCAGAGGGUCGGGGUGUACUCCACCCGCAGUCCUCACCGACCAAACGCUCUGGGGCUUACUCUGGCCAAACUUGACAAAAUUGAAGGUGAUACGUUAUACCUGUCAGACAUCGACAUGAUUGCUGGCACGCCGGUCCUGGAUAUCAAACCCUACAUACCCGACUACGACUGUCCUGACGUCAGGAUCCGCCGGGAAUCCCAGCAGAUAGACUCGGAUCAAACUAUUGCAGCUCCUGCCGACCUCAACGUGGAGAAGAUUCCUUUGAACUCCGAUGAUGAAUAUGAGGAAAUGGACGCUCCGUUUAAUGUCACAAGUGCUGAGGAUGUGGAGGCUCACCUGACAAAAGAUCAAAUCUGUGAAGCAGAUUCCUCUCAACCGAGCCAUCAGGUUUGUGCUCCCAAACUCCUUCAGAAUGUGCUAGAGGAAGCUGAGGCCUUUGUGACCCACAGCGACAUCUGUCAAGCAUCGUGUGAGAGCAAAAAACAGAACUCUGCUACAUCCAAACCAGCAGCUUUGAGCACAGAACGCCCCUACUUUGGCGUGGAGGCUGCUAGGUGGAUCCGAGAGCCUCCUGUUGCCAAUCUGGAUGUGCGCUUUACUCCACAAGCGGAGAGUCAGCUGGCGGAGUUCCUUCCUGCUCAUCUGUCAGGAGCUUCUGGAAGCGACAGACCCGGGUUCCAGUUCCUGCGCAGCACAGAUGAAGCAGCCGCCGCCAUCAGGGGGAUCCUGUCAGCCGACCCGAGGUCGGUGUACAGGAGGACUCGCUGCAAAGACAGGCUGUUCUUCUUCACGCUGGACUCAGCUGACGUCACGUGCUGGUUUGGAGAGGAUUUUGCAGAGGUUCUGCAGGUCCGACCCGUUCAGAGCCGCAUGAAGAGUUAACAACCAGAUCCGGUUGAAUAUUCCUGGAUGAUAUUCUGAAUAAUGAUUUAUUUUCAAACCCACUUACUUUAAAAUCGUUCAAUAAUUCAACCAAAAAUAAAGAAAUUCACCACAAAUGUUCUGCUUUUUCCGUACACGAACAGCGUGGAGGCAGAUGCCUGUGAUGGCGUGUAGCUUCCCUUAAACAUUUGAUACAUCCACAAUGGGCAUAUGCAACUAAACUGUAUGAUCAUUUUAUAUCUAAGCAGUGGAAAACAUUCAUACAGUAUUAAGAUUAUGGGUUAAAUGACAGCUUUACUGUAGAGAAUUUGAAUACAUUUGAGCUGAUUUUGUGUACGUGCCAAAGUUUUUCCCAUCAAGCCACGUGUUUUGUUGUGCAAUUGUGUUUGGUGUUCAUUUAAAAAAAAGAAAAAAAGGAGUGAGCACAUAGCAGUACUUCCACAUUUAUGAAGUGAUAAAACAAAUUUAUUUUUUAAAAUCUUUCCUAUGAUGUCCUAUGGGAUCAAAUCAAAAAGUUUUCUCAAAGGUUAACCAGCAUUAUAAUGUUUUUU